AUGUCUGACGCUGCUGCUCCCACACCGGAAGACAAGCGUCCGUUGCUAUCAGAGGAUGUUACAGAGCAAUCGUCGUCAUCACCGGGUGAUUUGGGUCAAGCCAAGCCUGUCGCUGCUGCCGUUUCAGGUGAUCAAGCAACUGCUGAAAUAACUCGAGAAACCGAUGACGCAUUGACUAUCUUUGAAGCGGCACAACGAGGAUCGUUUCAUUCCAUUCAAUACUUGUUGGAUAACAAAAAGGCAACAGCAAACGACGUCGAUUCUCAGGGCGUGUCACCUCUUCAUUACGCUGCUCUCAACAAUCACGACGUGUGUGUAAAGUAUCUUAUCGACCGAGGAGCCACGGUGGAUCAACCAGCAGGUGAUCUUCAAGCAACGCCUUUGCAUUGGGCUACAAGAAAUGGACGUUUACCAACCGUACACCGAUUGAUCAAAGAAGGAGCCAAUCCAGCAUUGAAGGAUGGUCAAGGAUUCAAUGCAUUGCAUUUGGCUGUUCACUCUUCACAUGCCAUGUUGGUGUUGUAUUUGUUGUACCUGGGGAUGGAUAUCGAUGCACCUGAUAAUGUGGGAGGCCAUACACCGCUCAUGUGGGCUGCCUAUCAAGGAGAAGCAUUGACCGUUGAUCUAUUACUGCGAUUCGGUGCCAGUGUUCAUGCCGUCGACAAUUCAAAGUUGACCCCUCUCCAUUGGGCUGUCGUUCGUGGCAACAAGAUGUGUGUACGCAAAAUGCUCGAAUAUGGUGCAGAUGCCAAUGCAAAGGAUCAGUCUGGAAAGGGGGUUAUGGAAUUCGUGCAGGAAAAAAAGCUUGAACAAGUGUGGAAUCGUGCAGUGCUUGAAUUCGAUGUCAUGGCUGAAGGAGAUACCAACAAAGAGGGAAGAGUAGGCAAAUACCCUGGAUCACGUGGAAAGCCCAUGUCAAAGCGUACCAUCAACACCAUUGUAUACUUUGCUCCUUUCCUUGUUCUCUUCCUCGUCCUAAAGACAUUGAGUGUCUUUCCUUGGUACAUGGGAUUACCGUUAUCAUUGUUGGAGUUUAUGGGCAUGCAUGUCGGCAUCAUCAAGUAUCUUUUGCCGGCUCCUAGUCAUGAUGCUUUAUGGAAGACACCCUACUUUUCUUGCAUAUUCCAAGCUUCAGCCUUUUGGGUACUCUUUACUUGGCUCUUUAAGAUCGUAACUGCUACAUCACACAUGUUACUUGCCAACGUCAUUUUCAUUUCAAGCUUCGUUAUUGCCAUGACCGCCUUUUAUCGUGCUGUAUUCGCUGAUCCAGGCUUUGUCAACAACCACCAACCUCGAGACGUGCAACAAAAGGCUGUUUUCGAUCUUUGUGAAGAGAACAAGCUUGACAUUCGCCAUUUUUGCCUUACAUGUUUGGCCAAGAAACCGCUUCGAUCCAAGCAUUGCAAGAUUUGUAAUCGCUGUGUAGCUCGAUUUGAUCAUCAUUGCCCCUGGAUUUUCAACUGCAUCGGAUGCCGCAAUCAUCGUCCUUUUAUGAUUUUCUUGGUCAACAUGAUCAUUGCUAUUAUCUCCUUCCUUACGCUGUGCGUUGAAUAUUAUGCGAUUAAUGCACCCAUCCUUGAAGGCUCAAACACUUGUUUCUUGGGCGACACGGUCUGCAGCUACUUUUUAUGGGAUGCAUGGACGAUUGCACUUGGAUUAUGGGUGUGCUUACAAUUAUCAUGGUCGGUGUGCUUGUUGCUUGUUCAAUCGUAUCAAAUUGCCGUUGCCACGACAACCAAUGAAAGUGCCAACGCACAUCGCUAUUCUUAUUUGAAUCACCAUCACGACCAAGGUAUGAUGGCACAAAUGGCUGCUGGUCCAGGAGGAGGAUUAGCCGGUAGUGAUGGACCAGGACCUGUUCCCAUGGCAACAGCGGCUGGUGGCGGUGGACAUCAACAUGGGGCUGGUGGCUUUUGUCCUUGUAUGCAACUCUUUGCUGGUGCUAGAGCCCUUCACAAACAACGUCGAUCGAGAAGAGCACGUGGAUCGAUUGGUGGCAACGUGUUUGAUCAAGGAUGCUGGAAUAACUGUAUACAGUUUUGGUCAGAUGGUCAUGAUGGAAGAUCAGGUCAAUACAACUGGUACGAAUUGUACGACACGCAAGAGCUCCAGUCUUUUGCUCGGAAACCGCCACGUAUGGAAGAUGUUUAA